GCCCACUGUAGGAAAUGAACCAAUCAGAAUCCAGUGCUCUUUAGCGGGAGAAAGCCUCUGUUUUGAGAAUAAACUGGUUAAAAACAACAUUUUGGACCUGAAAUAGUUGAGAUUUAUCAUCGCCUAUAAAGUACAUCUAUUUUCGGAGAUCCUCAUUGUAUCUGCUGAAACCAUGAGGCGUUCAGGGGCCCCUAGUCAGCUCCUGAGUAAUCCAAUGAAAAAGCCCAGAUUUGUGCCUCCUGCAGCAUCGGGUUCUAAUUUCUCUUCACCUCAUCUGAAAUCAUUCACCCCAAAACAGAGCAGCAAUGUACUUGAUAAGAUACAAAGAAGUCUGACUCCUGAUGGUCCAAGUAAAGCUGUCCCAGAUGCCCUCCCCAAAGAUGCUCAGGCUGCCACACCCUUGUCUCGAGCUCUGGCCCGUGUUUUAAGUGCAACUGAGAGCAAAGAAAAUGACGUCUUUGAGAGUCCUGCUACACCUGAAGAUAAUGAAGGCCCUGAAGGAGCUGUAAAUGACGCUCAAACGCUCGCUGCAAACUCGGGCAGUGUCUGCGUACAAGACGGUGUGCGCUAUUUCAGCGUGAUGUGGUGCAAAGCCAGUAAGAAGAAGCACAAGCGCUGGGAAGGGGAUGCAGUCCUUGUGACCAGAGGACGCACUGCAACCCUGAAAGAUAUGGAGGGCAAAGAUAUAGGAAAGGGUUGUGGCUACAAGGUGUCCGAGCUGGUCACCUUGUGUGAGGGUCAAACUCUGAUGAUCGGAGGGAAGGAGGUGGAGGUCAUGGGGGUCAUAUCUGCCGAGGACUUUGCUCGUGGACGUUGUUUUCAGGAUGUUCGAGUGGAGGGAGAUGAGCCCAGGCCAGCCUCUCAUUCUGCUCGUGGUUUUGCCUCUAAACCUUUCGCUCCCCCAAAUCGAACGGGAUAUGCACCACCUAAACCAGAGGAAGAACAGACCUUCAAACCUCGGCAUGAUCCUCUAGCAACUGGAGCUUUAGUAAUGCCUCGGCCUUCUCCCAGCCACCAGUGGUCCAACAACAAGUCUGGUCUUCCACUUGUGGACGUUGUAGUUGACCCACACCUCACCACACACCUCCGGCCCCAUCAGAGAGACGGCAUUCUGUUUCUGUACGAAUGCGUGAUGGGCAUGAGAGCUGUUGGUCGUUUUGGUGCUAUCCUGGCUGAUGAGAUGGGUUUGGGAAAGACGCUCCAGAGUGUUGCCCUCACUUGGACGUUAUUAAAACAGGGUCCAUAUGGAGGGAAAGCCAUGGCGAAGCGCACCCUAGUGGUCACCCCCGGGAGUCUCGUGCAGAACUGGAGAGCGGAGUUCAACAAGUGGUUGGGCCGAGAGAGGAUCAAUGUGUUCACUGUGGAUCAGGACCACCGGAUAGAGCAGUUUUUGGCGUCUCCUCUGCACAGUGUUCUUGUUAUCAGUUACGAAAUGCUGCUGCGGUGUCUGGAACAGGUCCAGAAAGUAGAAUUUGGGCUCAUAAUCUGUGAUGAGGGCCACAGGCUAAAGAACAGCAACAUUAAAACAUCCUCCGCUCUGAGCAGUUUAAGUUGCCAGCGCAGGGUCAUUCUCACAGGUACCCCAGUGCAAAAUGACCUUCAAGAGUUCUAUGCCAUCAUAGAUUUUGUAAAUCCAGGCAUCCUUGGGUCAUCUACGGCUUAUAGAAAAGUCUAUGAAGAGCCAAUCCUUCGUUCAAGACAACCCUCAUGCACAGAGGAGGAAAGAGUUUUGGGAGAAGAGCGUGCCGCAGAACUGUCCCGUCUGACUGGCAUGUUCAUUUUAAGACGAACGCAAGAGAUUAUCAACCGCUACCUGCCCCCUCGCCUCGACUGGACCCUGUUUUGCAGUCUCUCCCCUCUGCAGCAUGACUUGUACAGACAUCUCUUAUGCCACAGAGUCUUCAGGUCCUGCCUUAUGGACAAUGCUCAAACUCACACACAUCUGGCCUGCAUCACUGCCCUGAAAAAGCUCUGCAACCUCCCAGGGCUACUCUACAACACUGUCAAGCAAAAGACACACAAUGAAUCCGUGGAAAGCUCUAUAUACGAGGGACUGGCUGACUUGUUCCCUGAAUCUUACACUUCAGAUGGAUUAAAUGUCUCUGAUUCUGGCAAAUUACAAGUUCUUUCAGACCUUUUAGCCGCUAUCAGACAGAUCAGCCCUUCAGACAGGGUUGUUGUGGUGUCUAACUACACCCAGACCCUAAACAUGCUGGAGGAACUUUGCACACUCAUGAACUACACAUUCUGUCGACUUGAUGGACAAACUCCGACCAAUCAGAGGCAACGUUUAGUGGACAGCUUUAACAGCCCCUACUCCCAGAACUUCCUGUUCCUCUUGAGCUCGAAGGCGGGAGGGGUUGGGCUCAACCUGAUCGGCGCCUCUCAUCUCGUGCUCUAUGACAUUGACUGGAACCCGGCCAAUGAUAUUCAGGCUAUGGCUCGGGUUUGGAGAGAUGGACAGAGGAAGACUGUUCACAUCUACCGCCUCCUUACUGCAGGAACCAUAGAGGAGCGAAUAUUUCAGAGACAGGUGUCCAAACAGGGGCUUUCCGGGACCGUGGUGGACCUGGGAAAAGGGGCGGAGCAUACCACCUUCUCCACCAGUGAACUGCGAGAUCUGUUCAGUUUGAUUGACAGCUCGUGUCUGACUCAUGAUCUGCUCAACUGCACCUGUAGCAUGGAUGGAGCAGUUAAUGUUACAGAGGCGGAGCAGGUGACAGAGCGGCCCUGUCAGCUCGGGCGCAGAGGUGAGAGAGUAACAGCAGCAGCAGCACAGAAGAAUCUGAGCAUGUCUGAACUCAUGAGAUGGAGACAUUUCUCUGGUGAAACACACUCUUUCUCUGACCCCUACCUCGACCAGGCACGAAAACACAUCACCUUUGCCUUUCAGACCACUCUCUCUCACGUGGCACAGUGAAUACAAGGACCAAAAACGGAGCACCAGAAAAACGUCAAUCAGUGGAAUAAAAGGGAGCGUUAUAUUAGAAAAAGCUCUCAAAGCCAUCUCUAUGAUUUGGCCAAAUAUUUGAAACAUACAUACAACAAACAUACUAAUAAAUUGUACAUUUAUUUGUAAAAAGACAGAAUAAAUUCACAGUUCACUCCCAC